GAGAGGGAGAGGGAGCGAGAAAAAGGGAGAGAGGUUCACCAGGGCGAGUUCACUUGACUUCAGAGCAAGUGGACACUAACUUUUUAAAAUCUUUUUAACCCCUAAAGUCUCAGCCCUCUUCAUUGCUCUGAUUGUCCCAAUGAAUUCUCACAGAAUGAAAAAGGUUACGAGUGUCGAUCACUGUUGUUAGGAGUUAGAUGUUUACUCUCUGGAGCUGUGGAUUGGGACUCUAGCAUGUCUUCUUCCAGCCCUGAGAGUGAGAGCGACCAGUGCAACUCUACAGAGGACCUGACUGGUGCAGGUGGUCCACCGGACGGAGCUGAGUCUCCCGCUCAGCCCAGCGGAGCUGUCAUGCUGCCCAAAGCCGACACGGAAUCUUUGGGACUCGUUCGAUCGCAUGGAGAACAGGGGCACAUGCAAAGGAAUAUGCAAGCCCCCCACUAUAAAAUGAUGGACUACUCGUAUGACGAAGACUUGGAUGAGAUGUGUCCGGUUUGUGGCGACAAGGUUUCUGGAUACCACUAUGGGCUGCUCACCUGCGAAAGCUGCAAGGGCUUCUUCAAGCGCACUGUUCAGAACAACAAGCGGUACACAUGUAUAGAGAACCAGAGCUGUGCCAUCGACAAGACACAAAGAAAACGCUGCCCUUACUGCCGCUUCCAGAAGUGCCUUACCGUCGGCAUGAAGCUGGAAGCUGUUAGGGCUGACCGCAUGCGUGGCGGCCGCAACAAGUUUGGCCCCAUGUACAAGCGCGACCGGGCGCUCAAGCAGCAGAAAAAGGCACUGAUCCGUGCCAACGGCCUGAAGAUCGAGGCCAUGACCCAGGUGAUGCAGGCGGUGCCCACCGACCUCACCAUCUCCUCGGCUAUCCAGAACAUCCACCAGGCAGCUUCCAAGGGCCUGCCGCUCAGCCACCAUGGUCACCCGCACCACGCCGCCCUGCCCCACACAGACUACGACCGCAGCCCCUUCGUCACGUCACCCAUAAGCAUGGCCAUGCCCCCCCAUGCCGGUUCCCUCCAGGGCUACCAGGCAGCCUACGGCCACUUCCAGAGCACCCGCACCAUCAAGUCCGAGUACCCGGACCCGUACACCAGCUCGCCCGAGUCCAUCAUGGGAUACAACCCGUAUAUGGACGCGUACCAGACGGGUUCGCCGCCCAGCUUCCCUCACCUCAUAGUGGAGCUGCUGAAGUGCGAGCCUGACGAGCCCCAGGUGCAGGCCAAGAUCCUGACCUAUCUGCAGCAGGAGCAGGCCAGCCGGGGGAAGCACGAGAAACUCAACACGUUCGGCCUAAUGUGCAAGAUGGCCGACCAGACGCUGUUCUCCAUCGUGGAGUGGGCCCGGAGCAGCAUCUUCUUCCGCGAGCUCAAGGUGGAUGACCAAAUGAAGCUCCUCCAGAACUGUUGGAGCGAGCUCCUCAUCCUCGACCACAUCUUCCGUCAGGUGAUGCACGCCAAAGAAGGCUCCAUCCUAUUGGUCACCGGCCAGCAGGUGGAUUACGUUGUAAUUGCCUCCCAAGCCGGAGCCACUCUCAACAACCUGAUGAGCCACGCCCAGGAGCUGGUGGGCAAGCUGCGCUCUCUGCAGCUGGACCAGAGGGAGUUUGUCUGCCUCAAGUUCCUGGUGCUGUUCAGCUUGGACGUGAAGAACCUGGAGAACUUCCACCUGGUGGAAAGCGUCCAGGAGCAGGUGAACGCUGCACUGCUGGACUAUGUCAUGUGCAACUACCCGCAGCAGACAGACAAGUUUGGCCAGCUGCUCCUGCGGCUGCCUGAGAUCCGAGCCAUCAGCCUCCAGGCCGAGGAGUACCUGUACUACAAGCACCUGAAUGGAGACGUGCCCUGCAACAACCUGCUCAUCGAGAUGCUACAUGCCAAGAGAGCCUGAUGAGACUGCAGGCGGGACGCUGGACCCUGAACUAGUUUUUGCAGUUUUGUUUGUUAAGACUCCAGCCCUUACCCGACUCAGAACAAACUCUGCCCAUGAGCUAGACUUUGUGAUUCUGGGGCGGGAAGCAUCAGUCCUUUUCCUUCAUCGUAAUGAUCAACCAUCCUGGCACACAAACAGGAAAAAACACACACACACACACACACACACACACACACACACACACACACACACACACACACACACACACACACACACACACACACACACACACACACACACACACACACACACACACACACACACACAAACAAACACAUAUGCAAAAGCACACACGUUCAAAUUCAUACAAUACGCAUAUUACAUAUACACACACACAUCCCUUUACUCUAAGACAAGUGUGUCUGGGGCCCUGGGUAAAGCUGUGAGAGACGGUGAGAAACAGCAACAUUUGUAAACUGUACAUUGGACUCUGUACAUGGGAGAUCAUUUUUUUCUGCUUUUAAUAAAAACACAAACCAUCAAGGUGAUACAAGGACUAGCAGACUGUAACUAAAGUAACAAACAAGCAAACCAUUAGUAUUCUGCACCUCCCAUACUGUUGAAGGGU